CGUGUUUGAAGAGUUUCUCCCUCCUCUUGUAUAAAACCCACCCUUUAUUUCUCUCCUCUAGCUACAUCAUUAUCUUUCUCGUCUCUUAAAACAAGCCCUAGCCUUAAACUUUCUCACCACCAGUACGUACUACUGGGUUUUUGUGCUCAUCGAUCGAUCUUCAAUUGGUCAACAACAUGAGGAGGAAUUGCAAUUUGGAGCUCUGCCUUAAUACUUCCGGUGCUAAUUCCGGCUUCCCUCUUCGCAACCACCAUGACCGCCGUGCCGUGCUGGAAUCUAGUUCUGGAACCCCGCGGCAACAGCAGCAGCCGUUGACCAUCUUCUACGAUGGAAUGAUGUGUGUUUCUGAUGUUACAAAGCUUCAGGCUAGAUCAAUUCUCUUUCUUGCAAACAAAGAAAUGGAGGAAAGGUUCAAGACUAGUCCAAGUCCAAGUCCAAGUCCAUGUGCGUCGACUUCUGAACCAUCUUCGCCAAGCCUCCAGUCCCCAAUAUGCAGCCCCUCCAUGAAGAAGUCGCUACAAACGUUUUUGCAGAAGAGGAAGUACCGGAUUCAAGCAACAUCUCAUCCUUACAAUCACUAGAUUGAGGACGAUUAAGUUUGAUAUUCUUUCUUUGUUUGGUUAAUUAGUUGAGAGAGUGAGAGAGAUAUUAUAUAUGAAAGCUUGUAAAUUAAGCCUUUCCAGAUUUGAUUCUUCAAUAGAGAUCCAAAGAUAGUAGAUGUCGUUACAUGUCA